AUGAACACAUUCGCACCUCGUGCCGCGCGCACCUCGCAAGGAACUGAGCGACGCGAACGGGCGGCCGCCCCCGUCACUCUCGUCUUAUCAAUGGACGGCAGCCUCCCGCGGUCGUUCAUUCACGACGGCCGCGUUAAUGGCGCGCGAGGCCCUCGCUUCGCCCACGUGCGCGAGAAAAUGGCGCGUCCUCCGAAAAGCGCGGGACGCCCGAUGCUUAGGAGUCGGUGGCGUGGGCCCGGAGGCUCGCCGAGCUCGUCAUUUACCACUUUCUCCGCUGACUCACUCUGCUUCGCGCUAGACCGUUUUGGUCGUUCCGCAAUUAGCCACGCGCCCGUGACGUCACGACCCGUGCCCGGAUACCUGACCGAUUACGUCAGAUUGCUUUGGAUAAAAAUAAAAUUGAUCAUAUUCAAAACUACGUAA